AUGUUUAUAUCUCUCUCAUGCAAUGAUCAAACCGUCAAAGGUAAAUUGAUACAAUUUUCCAUAUUCUGUAAUGCUCACAACUAUUUGUAUCGUUGCUUCAUGACCAGUCUUAAAAUUCUCAUUUUUUUUUUUUUUUCAUUCUUUUUUUUUCAUUAUUUUCAUUCUUUUUUUUUCAUUUUUUCAUUUCUUUUUUUUCAUUAUUUUUUCCAUUAUUUUCAUUUUUUUUUCAUUAUUUUCAUUCUCUUUUUUCAUUAUUUUCAUUCUCUUUUUUCAUUAUUUUCAUUCUCUUUUUUCAUUAUUUUCAUUCUCUUUUUUUUUUUCAUUAUUUUCAUUCUCUUUUUUUUUCAUUAUUUUCAUUCUCUUUUUUUUCAUUAUUUUCAUUCUCUUUUUUUUCAUUAUUUUCAUUCUCUUUUUUUUUUUAAUUAUUUUCAUUUUUUUUUUCAUUAUUUUUUUUUUUUUCAUUAUUUUCAUUCUUUUUUUUCAUUCUCUCUUUUUUUUUUUUCUCUUUUUUUUUUCAUUAUUUUCAUUUUUUUUCAUUUUUUUCAUUCUUUUUUUUUCAUUUUUUUUUUAAUUUUUUUCAUUUUUUUUUUCAUUUUUUUUUUUUUUUUUUCAUUAUUUUCAUUCUCUUUUUUUUUUCAUUAUUUUCAUUCUCUUUUUUUUUCAUUAUUUUCAUUCUCUUUUUUUUUUUUUUCAUUAUCUUUUUUUUUUCAUUAUUUUCAUUCUCUUUUUUUUUUUAUUUUUCUUUUUUUUUUUCAUUAUUUUCAUCAUUUUUUUUUUCAUUAUUCUCUUUUUUUUUUCAUUAUUUUUUUUUUUUUCAUUAUUUUCAUUUCUUUUUUUUUUUUCAUUUUUUUUCAUUUUCAUUUUUUUUUUUUUUUUUUUUUUUCAUUAUUUUCAUUCUCUUUUUUUUUUCAUUAUUUUCAUUCUCUUUUUUUUUUUCAUUAUUUUCAUUCUCUUUUUUUUUUCAUUAUUUUCAUUCUCUUUUUUUUUUCAUUAUUUUCAUUCUCUUUUUUUUUCAUUAUUUUCAUUCUCUUUUUUUUUUCAUUAUUUUCAUUCUCUUUUUUUUUUUUUUCAUUAUUUUCUCUUUUCAAAAUCAUUUCACUUUGA